AUGGAAGAAGGGAAAAUUGUACUAAUUGGAAAUGAAACAGAUUUACUUCAUUGUGGGUACAGUCAUGCUAUCAAGGAUUCAGGAAAAAGGUCAGUUCACGGCUACAAGCGAUCUUUGGUUUCAUAGCUAGUUUUUACAGAUAUCCAAGUGCUGUUCAUUACACACAUUCGAUGAUUCUCCAACAGUUAAGUGUUGAUGAAACAGUCGUUGACGAACUACUAUGCACGUCUAGUUAUGACGUUCCUGAGAAGGUUUAGCUUUUUUCGUUAUCAUUUGGCAAUUUCAGAUGUUCGUAUCAAAAAAAAAAGGAUUUGGUGCGUAUAAUUUUUUUUUUCCAAUUUUUUCAUGUGUUCUCCUUUGCACCAUUAAAUUUUCAGGCAAGGCAGCUCUUAACUCAUAAUAUGCCACCGGGCCAUGACAUGAAUUCUCUCGCGUCUUAUUUGCAAAGUAGUCGACAGUCUUACACAAUGCAAGGCCUACGACUACGGGUUGAACAAGACCACGGUUAUUCUGCUCUUAAAAUUUAAACUUAUCCACUUUCAAGAGUUCGAAAAAGCUCUGAUGGACACGAAGGAAGCAUUGCUGAUAGUUUGCGAUCCGAGAGAUAGUGAGCUGGGAAUAGGUAAAACCAAAGUUGAUUACUUGUAUUCAAUUUUUGAUUUCCAGGAAUGGAUGAAAAAACGUUUGUCGAGUGGAUGGCUCGAGAAAAAGUGGACACUAAAAUGAUUGGUUAUUGGAUGCGUAAUGAUCACUCGAGGCCUGCAGACCUGGGUCAAAAUCAACUAGGGUGCCGUUUAUAAAUUAUUUAUAGUGAAAUUUUGUAUAUUUCUGACAAAUUUUUAGUUUCAGUUUUCUAUUAUACUUUUGUCAAGGUUUUUCCUCAUGUGGCUUCGCUAUGAAGUUCGAGAGAAACGGAAAGCUGCGUUAUUGGUUCGUGAAGUCCGUCAAGUUAAUGGACUAUCUACCGAUAAAGAGGACCAACCAGUGAAAAUUUCUGUCAAUGAUCUCAUAAUUUCUCUCCAAGUGAGAAAUUUGUGAUUUUUUUUUUCAUUAAAUGUUUCAUUUUAAGGGUAUAUUCCGUCCGUUGAGCAAUUAUUAUCCACUACCUUUUUGA